AUGAGUUUGUUGGGGUUGCCAAAAGUGGUGGGGGAGGGGUGUCUUUCAAUUAGAAAAUUAGGGGACGGGGAAUUCACUGAAAAUUCGGAAUUGAAACCAAAUAAGCUUAAUGUUCUUAGGAAGGAUGUAUCUUCAAUUAUAAAAUACUUAAAAAAUUGUUUAUUUUUCAUCGAGACUGAUAUUCUUACAAAUACUUUCCAAAUGCAAUGCAGCAACAUCAACAUAUCGGAUGGAAUUAGUGAUAUUGGUUGUACAGAAGAUAAUCUGUCUGAUUUUAGAUGUUGGUGUUGCUGCUUUGGUGUGCACAUUAAGGUGGCAACUGCAUUAGUUGCUGGGGUUUCUUCAAUACUUAUUUUGACAAACUUUCUCGCCAAAUUAUGCGGCUACUCCGAGAUUGGCUGGAAUUUUGAGCUGCUCUUUAUGAUAGUUGACGGUGCAGCUUUAACAGCAUUAAUUUACGGGCUAUAUACAGAUAAUGCUGCAUUCCUACAACCAUUUGUUGCUCUUAGUAUAAUCACUUCUUCAUUGCUGGUACUUCUAGCUGCUUAUUUGGGAACUGCAGUAAUCGACUCUAACUCUUAUGCAGCUCAACGGUUAGAGUUAGAAUUGAACAAACGACUUUCUGAUGCUGCUAGACGACUCAAUUUGGAGUUCAAACUCAGUGAGAACAAAAUUUUAAAUUAA